AUGACCAACAUGGAGCUGGUGAAAACCAUAGCAGAUGCUUGGAAGGAGUUACCCGCCUCGCAGAAGCAGGCCUACGAGGAGGCGAGGAGGACAGACUGGGAAAUGUAUGAGAAGGAGCUGGCCGCGUACAAAGCACAGCUGUCUCCAGCCCAGGCUGCGGCUCUGAAGGAAGAAAGGAGCAGGCAGCUGGCGAAAAGAAGAUCCUUCAAGGCCAAAAGGGAACUGACUGUGCUUGGAAAACCUAAAAGACCUCGUAACGGCUUUAACAUUUUUGUGUCAGAAAACUUCCAAGAAAGCGAGGGAGUUUCACCCGCGGCAAAGCUGAAGCAGUUGUUUGAUGUCUGGCGAAACAUGUCCAGCUCUCAAAAGCAGCCGUACCUGCAGCUGGCUGAAGAUGACAAGGUUCGUUACGAAAACGAAAUUAGGUCUUGGGAAGCAAAAAUGGUUGAACUGGGACGGGAAGACCUGAUCCGUUCCGGAAAGCGAAGCCAAAAGAAGGCGGCUGCUGAGAAGGCGGAGAGAGCCAAAGAUUCCUCACAUGAAAAAAAG